AUGGUCCGUGCUUCCACGCCGCCGCCGCUGACAGUGUUUGCUUCCGCGGACCUGCCGCCAAGGGCUGCAGGGGCUAGAAGUCUCGGGGCGAGGACAAAGGCGGUGUUCCCGCCGCGUUCGUCAGUGAAAAGAGCGGCACCUCCAAUUGGACUUGCGCCACCUGUUCGUCCAAAGAACCCUGCGCUACCAAUUGGAUUGGCGCCGCCACCGCUUGCGAAGAAAGCUCGACCGCUUCCGCCGCCAUCUCUUCCAAAGAAAGCUCGGCCAUUUCUGCAACCCGCUCUUCGGCAGAGAGCGUCAGCAGCACCGCAUGCAGCAGGAGCAGAUGUAGAGGCAACAGCAGGAACAGUUCCAAAGGCAAAGGCUACUCCUUCAGAAGCUGCAGCAGAUCUGGAGCUCCCUUCGCCUCAAGCGUCAGCAGCACCGCAUGCAGCAGGAGCAGAUGUGGAGGCAACAGCAGGAACAGUUGCAAAGGCAAAGGCUACCCCUUCAGAAGCUGCAGCAGGCAUGGUUGUGGAGGCCAGCCCAUCUGUGUCCAAGUCAGCCACAGAAACAGUGAUGGAGGCGGAGGGCACCGAGAGCAGCUCUGUGAGUGGCAAUCCCGCAGUGCCCACAAGUGUGAAGGCAGAAACUAUGCUACCUGCUUUGGACGUGGUCAUGUCGUUGCAGGCCGCUUUGCCACACUUAUCCAGAGCAGCUGCUGCGGAUGUGAAGGCAGCACUACAAGCCCUUGGCACCCCUUUGACGCUAGAGGCAGGCUUAUCUUCUUCGAAGGUGUCAGCAGACGCAGUGGUGGAGGCCAGCUCAUCUUGUGCGACGACUUCAAAGGUUCCAGCAGGAACAGCUAUAGAGGCAAGCUCAUCUUCUUCGAAGGUGUCAGCAGAAGCAGUGGUAGAGGCCAACUCAUCUUGUGCGACGACUUCAAAGGUUCCAGCAGGAACAGCUAUGGAGGUUAGCCCAUCAAGUGUCAAGUCUGCAGCAGGGGCGGUUGUGGAGGCAACAGGAGGAACAGCUACGAAGGCAAGUUCAUCUGUGUCGAAGCUUGCAGCAGAAACGGUGGUAGAGGUGGUGACUUUGGAGCUGCGUUCCCUGGAGCAACGGUUAAACUACGGCAGCGUUUCGGCUGGCGCCAUGGAUGAGGCCAAGGAGGCCAUGGCCAAGGAGCUGGCGGAGCAACAGGUGCAACUGGAGCAGCGCCGGGAGGAGGUGGUGAAGUUGGAGGAAUCUCUGGAAGUCGCGCAGGCCAGGGAAGGGCUUGCAACAGCAUGGCAGUUGUAUUGCGAGCAUUUUGCAGACGGGCAGUGCGAUGUAGCGAGUAAAACCGAUGAUUUCCUCCGGGAUUUCUUGACUCGCGCGUUGAGUUGA